AUGGGUUCACCAGGAUCAGAAACACCAGUGAAUCUUCUAGCCUCCUUUGCCCUUUCCACAGCGCUUUUUGUCAUCAUUCCUGCUUAUGCCUCCUCACUAGAAGCACAAGCCCUUCUCAAAUGGAAAUCCAGCCUUCUAAACCAAAACCUAUCCACCUCUUCUCUAUUUUCAUGGACUCUCCCUCCUCAAAAUGCUACCGGCUCCAAUGCAACAGUGUCAAGCCCGUACAGUUGGUAUGGAAUCUCGUGUAACCCAGCCAGAAGUGUGAUUGGAAUCAAUCUCACCAAUUCGAAUAUUAGAGGUACACUCAAUGAAUUCCCAUUCUCAUCUUUGCCGUAUCUUACCUAUAUAGACAUGUACAUAAACGAACUCUUCGGCGGUAUUCCGCCUCAAGUCAGUCUUUUGACCAAUCUCACCUACCUUGACCUCUCCUUUAAUCAAUUAUCCGGGAAAAUACCACGGGAGAUUAGUAAUCUCAUGAAGCUUGAGGUGCUACAUCUGCUCUCUAACAAGUUGAGUGGCUCUAUCCCUGAUGAAAUAGGUCAGUUCCGUUUGUUGAACGAGCUUGCCCUCCUCGCUAGACUAUACAUCUAUAACAAUUCAUUUUCUGGUCCCAUUCCUCUUGAAAUUGGGAAUUUGACAAACUUGGAGGAGAUUUACAUGGAUACCAACUUCCUGAUGGGGCCAAUUCCUCCCACAUUUGGGAAAUUGACGAAACUAACCCAACUCCAUGUAUAUGAUAAUGAACUUAGUGGUUCUAUCCCACCAGAGCUGGGGAACUUGAAACUUCUUCGUCAACUCGCCCUACACUACAAUAAUCUUACUAGUUCAAUCCCCUCGACAUCAGGCAAUUUGACAGAGCUUACCCUUCUUUAUCUGUAUGGCAACAUGCUUUCUGGUAACAUUCCUGAUGAUUUAGGAAACCUCCGAGCUAUGAUCAAUUUGUAG